AUUCAGGCGAAUAAAGCCCAGUGAACAAGAUGUUGGGUGAUUUUCGUAACAAAGAUCGGUCAAACUGCAAGAAAUCGCUUAAAGAUAAGAUGACGUGUUACAAGUGCAAGGAUGAUACGGGUUCUGAGACAGAGGAAUGCAUGUACAUAACAGAUAGUGCGCCGAAAGACAGGAAACAGUCCUAUCACGAAACAAAAAAAUUCAACUCCAGCCCAGAAGUGGUAAAAUCUACCGCAGAUGUGGACAAAUCUAACGAGAGUCACAAGCAACAGCAGCCGGCCUCAUCAUCGUUGACACACGUUUAUGCUCCACUGUUUGGUUCUAGUUACGAGCCUUCGGCACAGUACUCGCACAUUCGGCCACAGUAUAAAAACAGAAAUUAUAGACUUCACAGGAAACCGGUGACCGAAGAAAUCGCCGAGUCCACCGAAGACGAUGACCAGUCUGAGGCGCAAAGCGUGGAGGAGUACGACUAUGCGGACGAUCCGAGUAGUCAACAGGUAUCGAGACACGACUUGCCGGACGUAGAUCCGUUUGGGCCCGAGGGAGCGUACAGCGAGGAAACAGUGCCAGUUUAUGAUCCCACAUUGAGAACUUGGCUACCAAGGUAUAUGGUAAUUAAGUCUUCGGAGGAAGCAAUGGUAGACGCAGAACUAGGGUUCGAUUAAAACGAAAACACGAUGUAGGCAGGUAGGUACCUAUAUGCAUCUUACUAACAAUAUUUUUGUUGUCAAAUUAACAUAUUAUAAUAUAUUAUAUCUAUUCACGAGUCAAAAUAUUAUACUUAUUAUAUAUACUGGUGGUAUGAUAAGGGUAUUACUUAAUGGAUCAUUAUUAUUAUUUGUUGUUGUUGUUAUUGUUGUUAUUAUUAUUAUAAACGUGUAUUGUAUA